AUGAAGGCAUUCAUGGUUCUCUCCCUCAUUGGCUGCCUAGUGGUUCCAAGUGGUGCUGCUGUCAUGGGGCACUGUAAGGUGGCUAAGAAGCUCUAUGAAGGAGGCCUGGAUUAUGUUGAGGGCUACAGCCCUUGGAAACUGGGUUGCCUGGCUUAUUUUGAGAGCAAGUUCAACCCCACGGCCGUCUAUGAGAACUUGCCCGGUGGCUACACUGGCUACGGCCUCUUUCAGAUCCGCAGCUAUGACUGGUGCGACAAGGGCAAGAUCCGCAGCCACACGCCCUGCUCAGCUUUACUGAAUCCAAAUUUGAAGAAGACAAUUGAAUGUGCCAAGAGAAUUGUAAAAGGAAGAGAGGGUAUGGGAGCAUGGCCCUCCUGGUCCCUGAAUUGCCGGUUCGUGGACAAUCUGGCAUGGUGGUUGGAUGGAUGCAGACUCUAGCUGCAGGGGCAGCCCUCACAACACUCUCCAGUGGCACCUUCCACAUGAAGAUGCUUUCCUGUUUGCUGCCUUCACUCGACCCGGUUGAUUAUCUCAUUGCUUGACAGCUCCAGAUGGAAAAGGACAAAAAUUUGCUUCAAACGUGGGUGCAGAACGCAGAAUAAACCAGCUACUUACCAACCUGGA